AUGGGCAACUGCUGCUCCAGAGGUGGUGCCCAGGAUGCCUCAACUAAUAAGGAAGAAAACGCCGAGGGUGCUAAUCCCACCAAUGGUCGGACAGAUGCUCCCUCCACCACCCCGCCUAGGACUGCUCCUCCUUCACCCCCUCCAGGAGCUUCACCUAAGCCUGCCAAGGUUGCCCCUAUUGGACCUGUCUUAGGCCGUCCGAUGGAAGAUGUAAAAUCCAUUUACAGCAUUGGAAAAGAACUCGGGAGGGGACAAUUCGGUAUCACACAUUUGUGCACUAACAAGGUUACAGGCGAGCAAUUCGCGUGCAAAACAAUAGCCAAGAGAAAGCUUGUUAAUAAGGAGGAUGUGGAGGAUGUUAGGAGGGAGGUUCAAAUUAUGCACCAUUUGACGGGUCAGCCUAAUAUUGUGGAACUCAAGGGAGCCUAUGAGGAUAAACAUUCGGUUCAUUUGGUGAUGGAGUUAUGUGCUGGAGGAGAGCUCUUUGAUCGCAUUAUUGCCAAAGGUCAUUAUACAGAGCGUGCUGCAGCCUCUUUGCUUAGGACCAUUGUUCAAAUUAUCCACACCUGCCAUUCUAUGGGAGUUAUCCAUAGGGAUCUCAAGCCAGAAAAUUUCCUUCUGCUCAACAAACAAGAGAACUCCCCGCUCAAGGCCACUGAUUUUGGCCUUUCUGUGUUCUACAAGUCAGGAGAAGUAUUCAAAGACAUUGUUGGAAGUGCAUAUUACAUUGCACCUGAAGUCUUGAAGAGGAGGUACGGGCCAGAAGCUGAUGUAUGGAGUGUUGGGGUCAUGUUGUUUAUUCUUCUAAGUGGUGUUCCUCCUUUUUGGGCAGAAUCGGAACACGGGAUAUUCAAUGCAAUCCUACGUGGCCAUAUUGAUUUUACUAGUGAUCCCUGGCCUUCAAUUUCACCUCAAGCAAAAGAUCUUGUUCGGAAGAUGCUAACUUCAGACCCCAAGCAAAGGAUGACAGCCAUCCAGGUUCUCGGCCAUCCAUGGAUUAAGGAGGAUGGAGAAGCUCCUGAUACUCCUCUUGACAAUGCAGUGUUGAGUAGGCUCAAACAAUUCAAAGCAAUGAAUAACUUCAAGAAAGUUGCUCUAAGGGUCAUUGCUGGCUGUCUGUCAGAGGAAGAAAUCAUGGGAUUGAAGGAAAUGUUUAAGGGCAUGGACACCGACAACAGUGGUACUAUAACACUUGAAGAGCUGAAACAAGGACUUGCCAAGCAGGGGACAAAGUUGUCUGAAUAUGAAGCUAAACAACUGAUGGAAGCUGCUGAUGCAGAUGGCAAUGGGAUAAUAGACUAUGACGAAUUCAUCACAGCAACAAUGCAUAUGAACAGAAUGGAUAGAGAAGAACAUCUUUACACUGCCUUCCAACAUUUUGAUAAAGAUAACAGCGGGUACAUUACAACUGAAGAGCUAGAGCAAGCUCUGCGCGACUUUGGCAUGCAUGAUGGAAGGGACAUUAAGGAAAUUAUUUCUGAAGUGGAUGCAGAUAAUGAUGGCCGGAUCAACUACGAUGAAUUUGUGGCAAUGAUGAGAAAAGGAAACAUUGAAGCCAAUCCCAAGAAACGGCGUGAUGAUGUAUUUGUUUGAGUUUGUAGGGGGUGGA